AUGGUCGACUUCUCAGCCAAGCCUGGAGCUGUCAGCGGAUACGAUAUGGCUGGUAUUGUGGAAGCAAUCGACGAGUCUGUGGAUACGGGCCUAGCUGUUGGGGAUCGAGUUCUAGGUGUCACCAGUAUUCACGGAGGAGCAUUUGCGGAGUACGUCAUUACGGAUGGAAACCUCUUAAUCAAAAUCCCCGAAAAUAUGGACUUUCAAACAGCCGCAAGUUACGGGGUGGGAAUAGUCACAACAGGCUUGGCGUUAUACGGUCACGAGUGCUUGUCUUUGACAUGGCCAAAUCCUGAUGGAGAGGUCAGUGCAGGUACUCAGAAAACUCGCGUCGGACCCCGAGGGUGGAGCGGUGGAGACGCGCUUGCGGAUGACGAUAACGAUACACCACGCAUUCCGGUACUUGUCUAUGGGGCUUCGACUUCCACCGGUACUUUAGCCAUCCAAUUAUUGCACCUAUCUGGCUAUGAGCCGAUUGCUGGGUGUGGAGCUAUGAUUAAACAGUACACACACAACAGGUUGGAAUACACGCUUGAUUGUAUUACUACAGCAUCUUCAAUGCGUCUUUGCUACGAGGCGAUAGGUGCUGCCGGUGGAAAAUAUGUAUCAUUGGAUCCGUUUAACGCGAGAGUCCAGCGAUCACGUGCUGAUGUUAAACCCUUCUUUUGUUAUGCACUCACGAUAUUUGGUAUACCAAUUGAAUUAGACGGAGAAUUUGCACGGGAUGCAAAACCUGAGGAUCGGAAGCUGGCGGAAAAGUUUGUAAAGAUUGCUGAGAAAUUUAUUGAGAAGGGGAAGUUGAAGGCACAUCCUACGACGUUGAAAUCAGGCGGCUUGAAUGGUAUCGUUGGCGCGAUAGAUCUUUUGAGGAAGGGAAAGGUAUCUGGAAGUAAAUUGGUGUUUAAUGUCAUUGAGGCUUAG